AUGAAAAAGCGAGGUAAAUCCGUUGAUGGUCACCCUGGAGCGUUCAAAGACCCUGCAAUCGGUAGAGUUUAUACAAUUCAUCCAAAUAAUAAUGAGUGUUUUCAUCUUCGUUUACUCCUACAUCAUGUGAAAGGUCCAACAUCUUUUGAGAGCUUAAGAACAGUUAUGGGAAUGUUACAUCCAACGUAUAAGUCUGCUUGCAAAGCUUUAGGCCUUCUUGAAGAUGAUGGUCAAUGGGAGCAAACCCUUCAAGAAGCUGUCGUUUCCGACAGUCCUAGAAGACUUAGAGAAUGGUUCUCUGUAUUAGUAGUUUUCUGUAAUCCGAAUGAUCCUCUAGAUUUAUGGAACAAAUUUCAAGAUUCAUUAACAGAAGACUACUUAAGAGAGGCUCGACAAGCAAAUGAAAACGCAAAUUGUGAAAAUACUCCUUAUCUCUAUGAUUUGUGUUUAAGAGCUAUAGAGAAUAUAACCUUAUGUAUCGGUAAUAAAAGUCUUCAUGAAUGUCAUCUUCCAUCUCCUGCUGUUGACCACAUAAAUAUAGAUUAUAUCAGGGAAAUAAGUUACAAUGUUGAUGAGCUUUUGUUAUAUGUCUCAGAAAAUGAGCCUCAUCUUUCAAAUAAACAAUUUAACGUGUAUCAAAAUAUGUUGUCAAGUGUGAAUUAUAUUAUAUCGAAAGAAAUGUUCUUUCUUAAUGCUCCAGGAGGAACAGGAAAGACAUUUUUAAUAAAGUUGAUUCUUCCUAAAAUACGUAGUCAAGGUAAAAUUGCAAUAGCCGUGGCUCCUUCAGGCAUUGCGCUACCCUUCUUCCAGGCGGUCAAACAGCACAUUCGAUGUUUAAAAUAUCCAUCAACAUUGAAAAAGUGGAAACCCCUGUAUGUUCAAUAUCUAGAAACUCUGGAAUUGCUAAGAGAGGGGCAGUUAGAAGAAACCGAUGGUUUAAUUGACAUCCCAUCAAAUAUUGGUACAAUUAUUGGUUCGCAAGAAGAAUUAAUAGAGAAAGUAUUCCCGGGGGUACAUCAAUUACUAUCAGUACAGAGUUCUUGGCUUUGCGAUCGAGCAAUCCUUACACCUACUAACGAGAUAGCGUUAAGAAUUAACAAGAAUGUGCUCUCUCUUUUCGAAGCAGAAGAAAGAACAUAUCUUUCUGUAAAUUCUCAUAUCAAUCAAGAUGAUUGCAUUCAUUAUCCUAUUGAAUUCUUGGACUCCAUUACUGCUCCUGGAUUGCCAGCUCAUGAGUUAAUUCUAAAAGUUGGAGCACCAAUAAUGUUGUUAAGAAAUAUUCAUCCCCCUAAACUUUGCAAUGGUACACGCCUCAGAGUUAGAGCAUUGCAUAGAUUCAUUAUAGAAGCCGAAAUUCUUACUUGUUGUGCAGCAGGAGAGAUUGUGUUCAUUCCGGGUAUUCCUCUCAUUCCAACUAAUUAUUCAUUCGAAUUCAGAAGAUUACAAUUUCCAAUCAGUCUCUGCUUUGCUAUGACAAUCAACAAGAGUCAAGGACAAACCAUGUCUACAGUUGGCAUUGCUCUGAGUGAGUCUGAAUUCUUUUCUCAUGGAGAAUUUUACGUUGCGAUUUCUAGAGUAGGUUCUACAACAUCCAUAUUUAUUUAUGCGCCAACAGGAAGGACACGAAAUGUAGUAUAUAAAGAAGUGUUAAUGAAUUAA